AUUACGGUAAGAACACUAUAAUCCACUAUAAAUUCCCGAGGGAGCUCAGGAUAAUGUGAAGAAAUAGGCUUUAUGAAUAUCUAUUACCCAGAGGUAAUUUGUUAAUCUUUUGUGGUGCCUGCUGCCAACUUUAUGCUGUUUCUCAUUGAUCCACACCUGAACAGGUAGGGUAUGUUGACCGUAUUCAUAGCCUCUCGCACCCAGGUAAGCCAGGUAUACAUAUAUACCUGUAGAUCUAGGACUCAUUAGUACUGGGCUGGACAUUUAAAAACCUCACACUGUAAAACAACUUGUAUUUGUGGACAGUGGUUUAACUGACAGCAGUACAUACCGGUAAAUUGUAAUUUUACCUGUUAAAUUCUACCUGUGGAUAUUAAUUACAAACACUUCGGGUGAAAACUUACCCUGUUUGGUGACAAGUUCCUGUCUGGAGUCGUGUUUAGGACUUCAGACGCAUGAUAACCAUGGCUUCAUGUAGGAGUGGACACUAGAUGACCAUGGCCUUCAGUAGGUGUGGUCAGCUAUGAGGAAUUGAGCCACACCGCUGGUCAUCCCCAGGGUAAGCGGUCUAAGGGAUCUUUAUGUCCCUGACCGGGCUCAAACCCAGCAUGCUGGCAGUAGAUGUCCUCACAGAGAAGCUACGUGACCAAACCAUCGAUGAACAGACCAAGAAAACAUCACAAAUCAAACUGAUCCAGCCAUCAGAUGGAUACAAACUCAGCAAAAAUGCGGAGGCGACGAUUGCCGGUUCAGGUAAAAAGGUUUGGACGGUGCAGUUAAAUUCUGCUACGGGGAAGGAUCUGUUAUCAGAGUCACUAAGACAGGGGUUGACAACAGCCCCGCCAAUAGCUAGUCUUGUCUCCGACCAGUUAGGGGACUUGGGGCCACCCCAGAAUCCUCCAGCCCCACCUAAGAAGAGACACUGUAGGUCUCUUACAGUGCCCGUUCCUCCAGAACGGCCAACCCCGUCAUCUUCAUGGCAACCACAGGAGUCGCGUUUAUGGAAACCUGUGGCUGUGAUAUCCAGUGAGAGGACUCUGUCUGAGGCCACAGUCAUGCCUGUCAAUUUCUGUGGCAGUGAUGCGGCCUUAGGGCUCAGAACUUGUGAGAGUGGUGGCGCCGUUUCCACAGGGUUUUGUAAUUGUGAGCAAAAUUUUGUUGUCCCUAGUGAUAUGUUCACCCCACCCGAAUCACCAGUUCCUCGUCCAUCUUCUACAUCAACAUGUUCUGGUCGCCAUGACGGCACAUUUAGUCCGCUUGGUGCACCAUGGCUUGAACAUUGUCAACGCCGGUACGACGCUUUCCAAAGCCGGAGUCUUUCAUUUGAGGAUCAAAUCUCGUGUAGUUCAAGUUCGGGAUCGACGCCUAGUGUCCCAGGUUGUUUGCAUUCCCAGCAGUCUCUGUUACAACACCAGCCUCACCAUCACCAUCAUCAUCAUCAUCACCAUCAUCGUAUCCCAAGAUGCCGUUCACAGCCAUCAAUGACUCAUGACAGAAAGUAUGGGCUCAAACGUCGCAGAGACUAUGAUCGGCCUACAUUAAAUUUUCGCAAAAUGACUGAGACAGCUUAUCAACACAUACCCCGGUCUGAAUCGCUGUCGUCACGCCAGGGUCUGAAGGAGAAACGAGUUUCAAAAUUCCAUGAGGAGCUUGAGUCUGUCAUGAGCCUAAUGCCGAUUGCAAGUUCUCCAAUGGAUACCGAUCUGCCAAUCAAACGGAUGAUGGCUGCAAGGAACAGCCCAAUCAGUGAGAUGGACAGUGGUCGUAGUGACAGUGCUGAAUUCUUGGACAGUGAAGCUAGUGACAGUCUGAGUGAGGGGCCAGUCAAGCUCCUGGGGGAAGCAUGUGAGGAAUGUGAAGAUGGGGACGAUGAAGUGGAAGAGAUAUUCACACUACAGGAGGACCUAGAUCUAGAGCAGAUAGAAAACCACUGAUAUUAUACUUCUUAAGUAUAUACACUGAUAUCACACUCCACAGAACAGACACACUGAUAUCACACUCCACAGAACAAAACACACUGAUAUCACACUCCACAGAACACACUGAUAUCACACUCCACACAACAGAUACACUGAUAUCACACUCCACACAACAGAUACACUGAUAUCACACUCCACAGAACAGACACACUGAUAUCACACUCCACAGAACAGAUACACUGAUAUCACACUCCACAGAACAGAUACACUGAUAUCACACUCCACAGAACACACUGAUAUCACACUCCACAGAACAGAUACACUGAUAUCACACUCCACACAACAGAUACACUGAUAUCACACUCCACAGAACACACUGAUAUCACACUCCACAGAACAGAUACACUGAUAUCACACUCCACACAACAGAUACACUGAUAUCACACUCCACAGAACACACUGAUAUCACACUCCACAGAACACACUGAUAUCACACUCCACAGAACAGAUACACUGAUAUCACACUCCACAGAACACACUGAUAUCACACUCCACAGAACAGAUACACUGAUAUCACACUCCACACAACAGAUACACUGAUAUCGUACUUCCUAAUACACUGGUAUCAUGCAUGUACUUAUACUGUAGAUAAUUGUUAAUAUCAUAGAAAUCUUUGUGGUGAUUUUAUGUCCAAACAAGAACUCAAACAUUAUUUAUUGUAAUGUACCUUAGGUAUUUUUGCCCCAUAUCAAAUUUUUACCAAUAGUUGUGAGUUAAACUGAUAUAUAUAUUGGACACAGUCACACAUGUACAUGCCUCCCCGUUCACUUACAAUUUACUCUGGGUUUAUACUCUAUACAACAUCACAAAUAAAUUCUACUAUACAUAAGUGUGUCAGAUUACACUCAAUCAAGGGCACACAUUGAAAUGAUUGAUACAAAUUUAUCCUCUGAAGAUUGGUCAAAGCUGUGUAUGUAAAGGCCAGUUACUGUCACAUCAACAUAUCUCACAAGACAUGCCCCUCAAUAGCUUCAUACUAUCCUUCUCAUAGGGUUUCCCUAGUAGUCAUUAGGCUUAAACUGGCGAGAUGUGACUAAUAGAAUCUAACAUGGGCCUGUUCUGUUGACAGGGAUAUCUCAACCCGAUUGUAAGAGUUCUCAUGCUUGCCAAGUACUGGCCAGCCGAACUCUUGGGUUGAUAACUCCCUAUUCACGGCACAGAACCAUAUGUGAUUAUCUUUCUCCCAUCGUAAAAAUGUAACAAAUUGUAAGGUGAAACCUUUCCAUCGCCCCUUGAAUGUCCCGUGAAAUGUGCAUCAAAAAUGAUGACUAUAUAAGUUUGCGAUGUGGUUAUGCUUCAGAAAAUCACGACGCUAUUGCUAUUGUGAGUUACAUCACAUGCCAGCUACAAUUUGUAUCUUUCUCUACCCGGUGUUAGAUAGAUUUAUCCCUUCACUAUAUCAACCACAGGCUCACCCUCUUAAGUCUGAGAAAAAAGGAUUUGAUUGGCUGGUUAAAUUUUGAGGUGAACAAAUAAUUGAUAUUUCUAUUGGCCAAUAUUUAAACUUUUUGAGAUGCAAAUGGAACUGAUAUUUUGAUUGGCUGACAACACAUCAUAUGUUUCUUACUAUUUGUGACUUGUACAUUAAGUAGGAAUUUUGGAGGUAAUAUAUUUCCAUUGUCAUGGAAAUUGUUAUGGAGAUUAUCACAGAGAUUGUCACAGAGAUUGUCAUAGAGCUACUUGUUCUGUCAAAGAUACAGACCAAGAAAAAUUUAACAAAUAGGCAAUUCUUAAAUAAACAUUUUCAUAAUUUUUUGAAAAAGAUAAAAAAAACUUGAAGCAAUAGGUAACUUAAAACUAAGUAAAGCAAUUUUGAUUUUGAAUACAAAAAAGAAAUUCUACAGUGAGCUUAAUUAACCUUAUAUUGUGAUGUAAAAAGAUGAUUGAAAACUUAUUUUUUGUAUGUGAAUAUUACCCUUUGAAUAACAGUGUAGAAUUACAUUGAUGCUAAAGCAAAAUCCUGCAAUAUAGAAUUUUUAACACAUAUCAGUAACUAAAAUCCAGCAGCACAGAAACAAAUCAGAGACAUCUUGUAGUUAACUGAUAAAGCAGAGAAUGGUCAGAAAUUUAUUGGUCAGUUAUGUUGCAUGGUUAGACAAUAAUCUUAUUGUAAGUAAUUUGGAAAACUAGAUUUUAUUUUGUUCAUUACUACACAGCUACCAUUUACAAGAAUUAAAGUUACAAACACAAUAUCUGCAGAAUAUUUUUGUUUCCUUUGUAAUUUUGAUUAAGUAGAAGCUUUAUAAUAUAAUUUCUGAUGUUGUCAACUCUGUUUGUCAACUCUGUUUGUCAGCGCUGUUGUUUGAAGUCUGAUGCACUUUACACAAUAACUGACCUUGUCCCAGGUGAAUUCACUUUUUUAUCGCAUUAGUACAUGGGUAAAAUUUAUGUUUUAUAUAUACUUUUUUGGUUUCUCUACCUUGUGAGAAUUCUCUCCUAGUUUCUGUAUAAAAUAUGACUUUUUCUCAGUGUGUGAAUGGAGUGUUGAAAUACAAUGUCUCAUUUAUGUUAUUUAAUCCUGAAAUCUUUAAAACAUUUUCAACAGGGUCCAACGGAUAUAUUUAUAUGCUUAUAUAUAUAUAUAUAUUAUUUAUUCCAAUGAAAUUACAUACAUUUUUAUCCAAAUAAAAAAGCACAUGUGAUAUACAAGGUGAAAACAACAUCAUGAAGAAGAACUAUAUAAUGUAAUGUCAUUCGUAAGGUGAUUUAUAUUACAAUGAAACCUGUCCAAUCCGACACCUAACAAAGUAACGACAUCAGUAAGGUGAAUUAUAUUACAAUGAAACCUGUCCAAUCCGACACCUAACAUUAUGUAAUGACAUCCAUAAGGUGAUUUAUAUUACAAUGAAACCUGUCCAAUCCGACACCUAUCAUAACGUAAUGACAUCUGUAAGGGGAUUUAUAUUACAAUGAAACCUGUCCAAUCCGACACCUAACAUAAAGUAACGACAUCAGUAAGGGGAUUUAUAUUACAAUGAAACCUGUCCAAUCCGACACCUAACCAUAAUGUAACGACAUCAGUAAGGGGAUUUAUAUUACAAUGAAACCUGUCGAAUCCGACACCUAACAUAAAGUAAUGACAUCUGUAAGGGGAUUUAUAUUACAAUGAAACCUGUCCAAUCCAACACCUAACAUAACCUAAUGACAUCAGUAAGGUGGUUUAUAUUACAAUGAAACCUGCCCAAUCCGACAGCUAACAGUCUGACUUAGUGGUUAAGUGCACCUUGUAAAUUUGACACAUUUUUGAACAAAAUACAAUGGUGAUCAAAAACUUGUGUAUUUGUCACACCCCAUAUACACAUACCGAUUGUAAUCAACAAAUGUCAACUGAUGCCUUUUCUAAUUUGACCAAAACAGUUACUCCUAAAUGGUGUCCUAUUAGACAGGUUUUAGUGUAAGACUUUUAAACAAUCAAAUAUGCAAUUGUGAUCCCAAGUAACGGGAAUAUAAUGAUUUUUUAAGGCAAGAUUUUCAUGUUUGAAAAGAAAAACAACAAAAUCAGUUGUAAGGGAAGGGAGAUAACUCUUAUAUAUGAUUUUUACCAAAUUACCUUAUACCAGUAAUAUUUAUUGAGGUGUAGUUGACAAGGAUUUUUAUAAACUCAUCUAUCUUGAGAUUGUAUGGAUAUAUUUUUCAAAUUUUAUGUCAAACUAGUCCUGAACUGACAAAACAACAUUUUGGCUGUUGUUUUGCUUCCAUCCAUUUGUAAUGUAACUUAUAUCAAGUGAUUUUAAAUCGUAACUUAUUCUGCAUGUGAUGUCCGCUGAAGCUGUCAUGUACUAGCCUUGCUUUCAUAAAGGCCCUGGAUAUGAUAACCUACCGUAUUAAUCUGGAAAGUAUUUCUCUCUCUACAAAAAAAGGGAAAGCACAUUGUAUCUCGAUUCUAGUACCUGUGUACCUUGAUUCUUACUUAUUAAGAUGGUACAUGUGUACAUUGAUUCCUGUGAAUUAAGACAGUACAUGUGUACGUCAAUUCCUGUGAAUUAAGACAGUACAUGUGUGCGUCGAUUCCUGUGAAUUAAGACAGUACAUGUGUACGUCAAUUCCUGUGAAUUAAGACAGUACAUGUGUGCGUCGAUUCCUGUGAAUUAAGACAGCAUUCAUGUGUACCUCGAUUCUUAUGAAUUAAGACUGUACAUGUGUACGUCAAUUCCUGUGAAUUAAGACAGUACAUGUGUACCUCGAUUCCUGUGAAUUAAGACUCUUUUGAAUUAAGACAGUACCUUUGUACCUCGAUUCUUAUGAAUUAUGAUGGUCGUUGAUCUGUGGAGUCAAGAGAUGGUACAUUCCAGUAUGGGUGUGAUGAGUAUAAAUGGCAUGCUUUUGUUAUGAUAGAGAUUAAGUUGCACUUUUCUAUAUCUAUAUGUUACUGUAUUUGUCAUUCUUUGUUAAAAUUCUGCCUCCAGUAAGUUAACAAUGUAAAUGUUAGGUUACCGUGGUAUGUAUAGUAUUGUCAUGCUGGAUUUGUUCAGUAACGGUCAUGAUGAGUACUUCAAACCCACUUCCUGUGUAUGGUCAUUUUCUGUAUAGAAAUGACAUAUGUGUGUGAAUCUAAGCCAAUACUAUAUAACUCUAGCAUGUUUAUAGAAACUAAUCUUUAAAUGAACAUUAUAUAUAUGUUUUGUGGAUGUAUUUUAAAGUCCCAUCUUGCUUCAUCGUAGACACCAGUUCAUCCAUCAUCUCAUCAGAGUGGUCUCGUUGUAGUCAUUGUUUCCAAUUCACGACAGAAUUCCAUUGCACUCCCAUGAUAUCCGUCAUAUUUCCAUUACAAAGAUAUAACAUGUUCAUGUUUCAAGAAAUUUCAUUCCACAGGAAUGUUUUUUUUAGGUUUUUUUUUUUUAGUUUUUUUAUAUUGUACAAGAUUAUGGAGUUUAUAUACAAUGUAUAUGAUAAUGACUUUGUACCGAUAUACGGAAAUUCCAAUUACGGAUUUAAAAAAUUAAUUACUGAUGGACAAGAAUUUUAAUUACAAACUAACAACGAAGUUGUUAAGAUCUGUUAUGAGAAACAAGCAAUUUAAAAAAGGAAGAAAAGAGAGACUUUUAUUGAAGUUUUUUUCCAUCCCAAUCACGACAUUGAAAAUUUAAGUCUGUGAAUUUAUUGGAUACAGCAGUAUGUUCAACAGUAGUAAUACACAAGGUUCUUUCUAAAGAGAAAACUGGACAUGGAUUGGUUUAGAUGUUAGAAGUGAUUCUUAACCACUUGCAAGUUUGUAUUAAAGGAAGAAUAGAGGUUAUCAUCAUUUAGCUCAUCUCAAUCUGUAUAAUAACUAGAACGCCAUUUAGAUCAAAUCAUCGUGAAUAUCGUCAUUGUAAUGUAGAUUGAGCAUUCUUUAGCAUAAUACACAAAUAGUUGUCACCUCUAGGCCCCAAACAUACCUCAGUGUCUUAGUCGGACAGAAUUGUAGUUCAUUAUAAUAUAUAGAUGCCAGUAUUUCCAUUGACUAACUGUUUUGUGUUAUUUUGAAUUAAUUUGUAUUUAGGAAAGGCUUGAACAUUUUCACUGAAGCAUAAAUGUUUUAUAACACAAACUUUCACAAUGUUCAAUCUUGUCAAGACAUUUUUUUCUCUCAUAAAUAUCCUCUUGAUUUAGAAAAUUUGAUAACAAUAAAAACCACAGUUUGUAUUGUUUAAAAAUGAUAAUGUUCAAAUUGAACUUUACUCCAAUAAAUCUUUUUGUGUGUUCAAAACGUUCCCGUGUAAGAUGAUAAUGUGGAUGGAUUCUGUUAGUUUUUUUUCUAUUGCCAUGACAAAGUUUAUUUACAACUUUUCUACCACAAUAGGUGGGUGUUAUUCAACUCCAAAGUCUCGAGACAUGAAAUAACCAUUACAAUUGUUGAAUAACAUUCAGUUUAUACCACACGUGGAAUAAACUCUAAAUGCGUUUUGAUUGGUUGACACUUUGACCUUUGACCAGGGAUGUUUUUUUAAUCACAUGGUUCAAUGCGUUUUGAUUGGCUAAAGAUUGAAAGUCGAUUCACAAGGUCCUGGUAAUGAUAUAACACACAAUAAUUAGUUCACAGUUUUUGUCAUAUUUUUAAAGAAAUAUAUAUAUUUCUAUCAAUUUAUUGCUUUGAAGAUAAUAAACUUGUUCAGUAUUAGUUAUGAUUUGUAAUGAAUUUUAAUACUUCCACACAUUUCUGAAAUUGUCAGUUUUGCAUAUUAAUUAGCAACACUUCAACUGAUAUUGUAAAAAGUAAACAAAAAACAGGUCAAUUUAUCCUUGAAAUAACUUUACUAUUGUGUUAGAAACAGGUCACACAAACUCGUGGUUGUUGUAUAUGGUAUUUCUUUCACAUUAGUUAGUUAUUUUUCAAAAGUUACAAAAACUCUUGCUAAAGCUUAUGUUUUUGUAAUUUUUGAAAAAUAACUUGAGUGAAAGAAAUUCCAAAUACCAUAUACAAUGACUACAAGUUGUGUAACCUCUAUUACCCUAGUAUGUUAAUAAACAACUUUUCCUUAGUUUGUUUAUUUUUCCAGCCACUGUUGUCUCAAAUUAUAAAAACAUACUAUAUCUGCAGAUCUGUUUUGGACAUAUAUCCUGUUCGAAAAAUAAUUGUACCUUUAAAUGGACAUGAACGUGUUAGUCAAGUAGGGAGAAUAAUGGCUUGUAUGUCUGACUGUAUAAACUAUGUAAUGUUUAUUUAGCUGAAAACUAUACAUUUGAACAAGAAUAUUGACGUUAGUUUUAAUGAAUAAAAACACAAAUGAAUUGUCA